AAAACCCGACUACUCUUUAAAUACCAGGUGACGGGAUGCGACACAGUGGUAUUUACAUCAUGUCUCUGACUCUUAGCAUGACUCCUUGUAGUGUGCGUCAUAGGAGUGAGUUGUUUACCGAUGCCGGUGGCAGUGUAGUUGGUGUGUGAAGUGUUCUUAAGCGUGACGUUAUGGCAGCAGCUAUGAUAGAUUCAGGGAAACAGUGUAAUAUUCAGUCCUUUGCAGUGCUUGAUUUAGAAACAACAGGCUUACCAGCGUUUGAAUGCAACAGAACUAGAAUAACAGAAUUGAGCAUUGUAGCCGUAACUAGAAAACAUAUUAUCGAGACCGGGAAGUCAAAAGAGAAGCUUCCUAGAGUGCUGCAGAAGCUAAACCUAUGUAUUUACCCAAAAAAAAGAAUAUCACUCGAGUCCUCUCAAAUGUCAGGACUGUACAAUGACACACUAGAGGACUGUAGCCCAUUUGAUGAUGAUGUGUUCAUGUUAUUGGAUGCAUUUCUCAGACGACUGCCUCAACCUGUGUGCUUAAUUGCACACAAUGGUUUUAGGUUUGACUUCCCAAUACUUCAGACUGAACUAUACAGAUUGGGAAAGGUACUUGCAGACGACAUAUUAUGUGCGGACUCCUUGAUGGCCUUUCGGAAACUCCUUGAACAGAAAGAAAUAACCAAUGGUGUAUCAUGCAUAGAAAUAAGAAAUGAACAGACUGUUAGUGUCACAGCUUCAGAUGGAUAUGAUGAUAUUCUCUGUGAUGUUGUAGACAAGGUUGAGGCAAAAUGUUUAGCAAGUGCUGAUAUCGUAUUUAGUGAUGAUGCAAAAUAUGACUAUAAGCAACAAGAACUAGAAAAAACACCAACCCAGGGUAUUGCACAAGCAAAUUCUCCCCCUAAGCUCAAACCUCAUGAGAACAAACCAAGCACUUCAGAAAAAACAAGUAGCAAGGUUAGAAAACGCUUGUUUGAUGAAACAAACAAACAUGAAAUUGAAUCUAAAGUAUUGAAAAGAUUUAGGUUGGGAGAUGUAUACGAAUUUUUGUUGGGGAAAAACCCUGAAAACUGUCACCAUGCCGAAGGGGAUACAUUGAGUCUCUUGCAGUGCAUAGUUACAAAGGGUUCAGAAUUUACUGAAUGGGCUGACAAUAAUGCAAAGCUUUUCAGUACGAUACAAAAGUUGUCAUACUGAUGAAAGCUCUGCACAGUGUAGUUAUGUUUGUAACCAUUUUAUGUUUUUUUAUAGUUUUAAAAUGCUGUUAAUAUUUGAAUAUGUUUUAAUGAACUAUGUAAUGUGCCUUCUUGCAUUCAGCAUUACUUGGUGUUUUUUAUAUACUAAUGAAAUCGUGUGAAUGUUUUAUCCUGUUUUGAGAGGAAGUCUGGAAUGCAAAGAGAAAUUUUAUAUUGUCGUAUAUUGUACAUCAGUCACUAUUCAAGAGCACUGAUAAUCAUAUUUUUAAUAUAAUACAUGUAUCACUGCUGAUAGGAACAUAAUGUUUCAAAUUGUAUUUACCUUGUGACAGAUAAUGUAAUUUUUUACUUCUAUUAAAUGUAUGUUUGCUGUC